AUGGCUGGUGAUACUGCCACAUCUCAAGUUGGAGAGGCUGGAGGUUCAACUCCAGUAGGUUCAACUAUUCAGAUCAACCAAGGAAAUGAUGCCUCUAAUCCUUUUUAUCUUCACCCAUCCGAUUCACCUGGAAUGGUGCUUGUCAACUCAAUCUUCGAUGGGAAGAGCUACAGUGGCUGGCGCAAGGCAGUCUUCAUAGCUCUUUCUGCCAAGAACAAACUCAGCUUCAUUGAUGGAAGUCUUAGUGAACCUGCUGUUUCUUCACCAACCUAUAAGGCAUGGAAUCGAUGCAAUGAUAUGGACAUCUGGAAAGAACUUGAAGAUAGGUUUGGGCAGUGCAAUGGUGCAAAAUUAUUUCAGCUCCAAAAAGAGUUAAGUGAUUUGGUACAAGGAAACUCAGAUGUGGCUGGUUAUUAUACCAAGGUGAAAAGGAUUUGGGAUGAGUUGGAUAGUCUUGACACUUGUGCUCAUUGCACUUGUGGCUGUUCUUGUGGAGGUAAGAAUAGGACUCUUAAAUCUCAUGAAGACGGCAGGCUCAUUCAGUUCCUUAUGGGACUGAAUGAUGCAUAUUCUAGUGUUAGAAGCAAUAUCUUGAUGAUAUCACCCUUGCCAAGUGUCAAUCAAGCUUAUUCAUUGUUGAUCCAAGAUGAGAAGCAGAGAGAAAUUCACACUUUUCAACAUCCAAUUGAGUCAGCUUUCAUGGCUGCAAGACAACAAUAUGGGGUUCAAAAAUUCAACACAUUAGAAAAGAAAGGAAAUUUUGAAGGAUCAAAGAACAACUUAUUCUGCAAUUAUUGUAAGAAGACAAGGCAUACGGCACAGAACUGCUAUAGGUUGAUCGGCUUCCCAGCAGACUUCAAAUUUACCAAAGGAAAGAAACCUCAAGCACAAAGUAAUGCAGUAUACACAGAUACUGAUGCAGGAAAUUCUUCAAUUGCUCUCCCUGAGAAAGAAUUCACACGGGAACAAUAUCAGCACAUGUGUAGUAUGCAUCAAGAUUUUCAACACCUCAAGUUACGCACUCAAGGUGAAUCAAACUCUGAGGUUCAUAUAUCUGCUAACUGUGCUGGUAUAGCUCAAACUCUUUCUACUUCUAUGCAUUCUUCUAAAUCUAUCAUUUGGAUUUUGGAUUCAGGAGCAUUUGAGCAUAUGACCCAUGAUUCCAAGCUUUUAUUCAAUAUUCACCCUCUACUCACUCCUGUUUUUGUUAAUCUUCCUAAUUCAGAAAGAAUUAAAGUCACUCAAGCUGGAAGUGUCAACAUUUUACCCAAUUUUACUGUUGUAGAUGUUCUCUUUGUUCCUAGUUUUAGGUGCAAUCUUCUUUCAGUUCACAAAAUAUGUUCUAGAGCUAAUUCAUCUCUUCUUUUUACUUCCUUUGGAACUGUUUUGCAGGCCCCUUCAAUGAAGAGGCCAAUAUUACUUGGGGAGGCUAAGCUGGGCAUCUAUCUUCUUCACACUAUCAAGCCUACUACUAGUUGCAAUCCUCUAGAUGUACCUAGUAUUUCUAAUUCAGCUUUUUACUCUUUGUAA